UGUAUACAGUAAUCUACCUUCUGAUUUCCGGGUCGUGACGUAACUACCACCGACCUUUCCUAUUGGCUGAGUACUGGAUGCGGUUCCCAGGGAGACGAAUCCACAAACAUUUGCCGAAACGUCGUCGAAACGCUUCAAACGACUUGAAAGCUUUACUCUGACACGAACUCGAAGCCAAGGCGCCGCGUGCCAAGUCGGUUGAAUUCAACACGACGUAAAAGACGACAAAGAUGAGUCGUAACCUGAGUCGCAGUCAGCAGUACCGGCUGGUGGAGCAGCGACGCGCCCACGAGGAGCAUAAGCAGCUGGAGGCCCAGCGAGUGGACCGAGACCGUAAAAUGGUGGCCGCCAUGAAAGAAGAGGACAGUGUGGACAGAAAAAGGUUCUUAAGACAGGUGCAGGAGGAACAGAAAGAAAGAGAGAUCGAGAACGCCAUGAUAAAGGCUCAGACUGAGAAAUUGUUGAGAGAGAAGCAGCUUGUCCAAGAGGAGAAGCUGGCUAAAGAGCUGGCCCGCAUCAACCAUGACAGGCAACGAGAAGGCAAGAUCAGGCAGUAUAUUAGAGAGAACAGCAUUGAGCUUCGAGAAUUAGAGUCCAAGUUGAAAUUGGCCUACGUGAGCAAGGAGCAAGUGGCGCAGAUGGCAGAGCACGAAGCCAUCAAGUGUGAGACAAUGCGUGAAGAGGCGGAGCUCUACAACAAGAUGAAGAGCAAUUUUGACCAGGCCACCAUGGAAGAGGAGAAGCUGGAGCAGAGGAAACAAGAGGAACAGCUCCAGUAUCAGCACGAUCUCAACCUGCAGCUCGUCGAGCAAGAGCACAAGAGACAAGUGGCCUACGACGACUUUCUCAAGGAGAAGCUCAUGGUGGAUGACAUCGUGCGCAAGAUUUACGAAGAGGAUCAGAUGGAGCGACAGAAGAAGCUGGAGAAGGUGCGCGCCACCCAGAAGCACAUCGAGGACUUCCAGACGCAGCAAGCCGAGUGGCGGCGUAUGGAGAAAGAGAGGAUGGAGGAGGAGAACAGACGCAUCAGGGAGUUCGCGAGCAGGCAGCAGAAGUCGCAGCAGGACAGGAUGGCCAAGAUCAGAGCGCGAGAAGAAGCAAUUCAGAACCUCAGAGAUACGCUCGCGGAGAAAAUGGCUGAAGAGAGGCGACAGCGUGACGACAUGGAGAGAAUGCGCCAGGAGCUUUGUCUCGAGGAACAAGAAGAAGCAUUUAGGAAGAAAGACAUUGAAGACAUGGAGAGGAACAUCAGACAGAGGCUGAUGUUGCAGCGGACCUGCCAGGAGCAGAUGGCCAUGAAGGAGAUGCGUCGGCAGGCGGAGAGGGACGAAGAGGAGGCCUUCCGGAAAAUGACCAUGGACAAGUUUGCGGAGGACGACCGCAUCGAGCAGAUGAACGCCCAAAGGCGCCGCAUGAAGAUGAUGGAGCACAAACGCGAGGUGGAGAAGCUGAUCGACGACAGACGACGGCAGCACCAGGCUGACAUGGAUAUGAAAGCUAGAGAAGAGGCAAUGGAGCAAGAGCGAGAGGCGCUGUGCAGACAGAUUAUCGAAGAGGAGAGACUACGGCUUCUCCAACGACACGCAACAAAACUUCUCGGACACAUGCCUAAGGGUUUACUUCGUGAAGAUGACCUGAAGCAUUUUGAUGAAGACUUCAGGAAAAACUUCCAGACACGUCCAGCAGAGAACUCUGAAAAUCAUGGUGGAGGUGGAGACGCAGAUGAUUGAUUCAUUUUAAGUGUUUUUUGGGUGCCAUUUUUAAAGGGGAAGUCAACCCCCAAAUUUUGUUCACAAUAAUAAGUUCCAUGCAGUCCUACUAGUCUAAACACGGCAUUCCGAACAAUAAUGUGUUUGUGGAAUAUGUUUUAAGCACCAAAAUCCACCUGUUUUUGUUAAUCUCAGGGGGCAUCCAUUUCACCACUUGCUGUCAACUGAAAAUGAUAUCACAGCCAUGAUUGGUCGUUACCUGAGCCCUGGGUAACUUGAAUGUCAAUUUCCCCCGAAAUGACUAAAAAUGGGUAGAGUUUGCCGCUUAACUCAGAUUUCACAUAUGCAAAAUUAAUCAGAUUGCCAUGUUUAGAGGAGUUGAGGCACAUAGGACAUUGUAAAGAAAUUGUUUGCGUUGACUUCCCCUUUCCCUUAAGGACCACUGCAAACAAUCCUUGUGACUGAAUGUGAUCAUUAUUUCAUGGCCAAUCUCCAGUAAACGGUUAUACACACACUCACACACACACACAUGCUUCACGGUUGACAUUUAACACAGGAGGUGCUGAUGACAAGGUCAAAAUAUUCUAAACAGCUCCAGACAUUGACUAGCAUGGUAUUGAAUUAGUAGCUUUCAGUGUCAAAAGUGUCAUUGUUAAAUGGUGGUUUAUGCAUUAUUUUUUAAAUACAAUUCUUGUAUCGGAUCUUAGCAGAUUGUGUGAGAGUAGAACAAUGUUGUGGUUUGUUCGUAUAUAUUUCUAAGAAGAGUAUUUUUAUAGCCGCAAAGCAACAGUUGUACUGUAAGUAAAAAUUACUCCUACUUCGA